AUGCCUCAAAAUGGGACUGUGUGUAGCAGUGAAGUGAGAAUUGGCCACUCUCUGAAUGAGGCUGAGAGUCAACAUGUAGCCAGCAGGAGAGUAAUGGUUCAACAGUGUCUUCAGCAGCACAAUAUAUCCUCCAGUGUGGACGAGGUGCCCAUCAUUGCUGUGCUGGGCUCUGGUGGUGGGGAAAGAGCUAUGAUUGGACUGCUGGGGUCACUGAGCCAGCUGAGUGAGGAGAAACUGCUGGACUGCAUCAUGUAUCUAAGUGGUGUCUCUGGAUCUACUUGCUGCAUGGCAGCAGUGUACAAAGAAUCAGACUGGUCCAUCAGAAUGGAGACAGUCAAACAAAACAUCAUCCAGAGACUUGGUAGUGGCAAAGUCAGCCACUCUGUACAAUACAAUAAACUAAAAAAAAUGUGUGAAAGGGACAAUGUCAGUGUAACCAAUAUCUGGGCAGCAUGCUUUGUGUCUAGUGUAGUGAAAGAGAUUGAAGAUCAUCUUCUCACAGAAUGUAGGGAUCAGCACACCAAUGACCCAUAUCCCAUUUAUACAGUGAUUGACAAGCAUUGCAAACAUAACACACUGUAUAAAGACACUUGGUUUGAGAUUACUCCAGAUGAGUGUGGCUACUCCCUCACUGGAGCCUUUGUGGAUUCCAAAUGUUUGGGAAGUCAGUUUGUGAAAGGGGCAAAAACUGAGGAACAUCCUGAGAUUGACAUGCUGUACCUACAAGGUCUGUGUGGUAGUGCACUAGCUGAUGGGGACAAGAUAAGAAAGUGGAUUAGUCACAAGUUACAACACUUUUUCAAAUUGUCAGAGGAGAAAAUGCCCACCAAAGAACCAAAAAUGAAGGAAGGUCACCAGGUGUUGUGUACCCUUCUGGAGUUGAAUCAUCAUUUUCUCAGCGGAGAGGAUCAUAGGAAUCACAUAACCAAGAUGAAUGAAUUACUGAAAGGAAGUUCAUUCAUUUUAACAUGCAUAAUGAAAUUUUGUCAAUGGGACUGGGGAACAACAUACAACUUUCUCUACAAGAUGAAAGUUGAUGAAGUUCAUCCCAGCAUCCUUAAAUCAAAGACAAGACAAUAUGAGGACGCUGGAUUGUUAGUCAACUCACCCUAUUUCUCUGUACUGAGAAAGGAACGCAAUGUUGACCUCAUCAUUUCCCUUGACUUCAGUGAUGGAGAUCCCUUUGAGACAGUAGAUAAAGCUGCUCAAAUAUGUAAAGACCUUCAGAUCCCGUUCCCUACAGUUGAACACCAUGGGACCCACGAAGAACCCAAGGACUUCUAUGUGUUUAAUGAUAACCCCAAUGCUCCAACUGUGAUUCACAUUCCUUUUUUCAAUGCUGGUAACUGCAAAGGUGAAGUGAACAUGUGGAAAAACAGAUAUCAGACCUUUCAGUCGGCCUACAAUGAUAAAAUGAUCAGUGAUCUUUUGGAGAAAGCUGGUCUAAACAUCACAAACACAAAGAAGAAACUCCUGAGGGAGAUUGAAGAAGUCAUUAAAAAAAAGAAGGAACAUUCAUGA